AUGUUCACACCAAAGAUCACUAAAGAAAGAAAAAUUCUUCGUGUUGAAAUCACAAAAGCAUUCCCUGGUGCCAAACCAAAAGAAAUUUUUGAUAAAGUAGUUAAUGAACAAGCUCCAGUCAUCACAUUUAGAACUGUUGCAGAAUAUUGCGAAAAACCAGAAAUAGAUACUGAUCACUUAGCUGAUAUUUUUGCUCCUUAUGGUGUUAACGAUCCAUUUAUUUCUCUUUCUCAGUGGACAGAGUUCCUUAAUGAUGACUUUGCAGACUAUGAGAAUGGAAUCAAAUACGGUGAAAAAUUAACAGAAAAACAGAACUUCAUACUCCUUAAAUUCAUGGGUAUUCUCAGAACAAAGUUUGGUGCUUCAAUGGCAUCAAGAUGGAAUUCUGCCCUUGCAAGAAACCCACCAAAUGCAUCAAAUACAGAACUUAGAGUAUCUGCUUUAUGCAGAAUUUUCCAUGAUACAAAUCUUCCAUUCGAGCCGGCGGAAUUUGUUGAUGCUAUAUUCGCAUUCUAUGAUGAAAAGCUCGAAACUCUUACAUUCGACCAGUUUAGCCAAUUGUUUGCAGCAUAUCCAUAA